AUCGCCCUACACCUUAUUGCUGGAAUCCGUUUUUAAAAGGUUAAACAAAAUCCUGAGUCUAUCGGAAAUUAAUGUUUUCUUCUAUUCAUCAAAAUUUCUGAUUUGUCAGCCAAUCCUACCAGAUAGAUUAUACUCGAGAAUCAUCAAAUUCCCUGUCCUCAUUUAAUAAAUCAAGUUAUAAACUCAUACAAAAUGCCAAUCUGUGUCGGAAAAUGUCCCGUGCCAUGGCCCAACAUCAUGAACAAUCGUCACUGCCUGGACCAGCCAGAAGUUCCCGAUGAACUAGUCCAACUCCGAUGCAACCCCCACGUUCGGCUUACCUGCAUCCCAACAAAGAGUUUCGAAGCGAAAAAAUGUGACAACCCCUGUGCCCCCAGGGACCAUCUGGACAUUGCGUUGUCUGCUUGUUAUGACCAUCAUCGCCAGUGGUGGGCUCCUAAAGCUCAAACCAUCAUGCAGUGCCCCACAUACCGACUCUUCCCAUGGGGAAGAGCUCAAGCUCGAGUUUGCCGACUGAAAUGCUUACCGGACGACCCUUGUCUCAAUUAUUGCAAUGCUGCGACGCAAGAGCAAGUGAUGGUCAACCACGAACCUUAUCGAAAUGAUGCAAGCCAUAUGAACUGCAGCAUCGGGUCACCCCACAUUUCCAACACCAACCGAGGCUUUGCUCGACCUAUGCUCGACGGACUUUUCUACAACUCGUAAAUUGGGAGUUUGCAAAUUUUUUCAGAUUUUUUAUGCAGCCUGACAAUUCAAAAUUCUUGUGAAACUUGACUUCUCGCACCUAAUAAAAUUGAUUUGAGGAGAUUAAGGUGAAAA